AGAGGCAGCUCGUUAGAAAGCCCCCCGCCCCCCGCCAUUCCAGCCCAGGGCCCGGCAGCCCACCAUGUCUGCUCAGUUUCCACAAGUAUCCUGAGGGUCCUCAUCGUGGGCCAGGGGACUGGAGAAGGCCAGCCGGCCCAGCCCGCGCAGGGAUGGAUGUCGGGCCUCAGGCCAGCAGGCUGCCCUGUGAAGGCACCAUCUGUGACCUCAGGGCAGGCGGUGACCAGGGGGCUCACCAGAUCCCGCCCUGGGCCCGGCCCUGGGGCCAUGUCGAUCUCGGUCCUCCUAGGAGACACGACCCAGCCCCACCCCAAAGACAACCUCGAGGCCCAGGGCAGGCCAGCCGCCAGGAAGGCUAGAGCCAAGCCCAGGGACUCCGGGCUCCGUCCAUCUGCGGCUGAUGAUGAUGCCAUGGCUGCCCUGAGGUGGGCCAGGCCCUCCCGGCAGCCAGGUGACCUGCGGGGAGCUCCCCACGUGGCCUGGUCCGACUACACCGAGCAGCCAGGCCCCCAGAGGAAGGCCUGCAGCCUCCUGGGGUGGUCCGAAAGCGAGGAGGCCAGGGAUGGGGACAGCUCAGUGUCAUCAGGCCGCCUUUCCGGCUCCUCCGGGGGCCACGAGUCCUGCACAUCUCUCCCCGGGCCCUGGAAGGAGCGCCCCCCCCAGGUGCAGGGGCCCCGGCGGCAGCUGAGAGAGAGCAACCCACGACUGGAACGGCUUAGGGACAAGAUCCGGGCCCAGGCACAGUGGCAGGCCAGCUGUGCCUCUCUGGGCACCUCAACGCCCUCCAGCGCCUCGCGCCUCUACAGAGUCUCCAAGCCAGAUGCCCGCAGGAAGGCCGGAAGGCUGGCGCACCCCGAUCCGGCCCCGUGGGACGUACUUGGGCCUGGGGCCACCGUCAAAGGCUUAGGCACCCCGAGCGAGGCUCCGUGUGGAGCGGAAGACAAGGCCAUCCCGGGCCGGGGGCGAGAGCCCUCCAGGGUCCCCCAGCGCCAGGCCUCAGCUCCACGGGAGAAAACCAAAAGAAUGAAAAGUCGUCCUUGCGUGAGGGAGAGAGCGCCCCAGUCGCCCACCUCUAGAAGAGAUGCCAAAGACACAGAUUCUGAGUUGGUCGGUGUUUACGCCUGGAGGAAAGGACCAGCCCUGGCGAGGGCCCUGCUUGGGCCCCCUCCGGCCCUCCCCAGGCUCCAGAGGGAGGCUCCCUCGAGAGACCAGGCCCCCACCGCGGAAUUAGGAGACAGCAAGAAAGUUGGAGCUGCUGAGAACUCCCCUGCCCGUCCCCGGAUGCCCGGUCCAGCCUCUGUCCGCGGCGGCCUGCAGGUGUCCACCAAUACGCCCAACCUGUCCUCCUGCGAGCAGCCUGUGACCAUCCAGAAUGCCAUGGCUGUCCUUAGAGACCUCCGCCAGCAAAUCCAGGCCGGGCUGGAGCUGGCCCGGAGCCACCGCCCCAGGGGAGGGCCAGAGCUGGGGCGGUCAAAGUUGUGGCUGCAGAACCUGGCAGAGAGGAGGCAGCAGGGCCCCUGGAGCACCCCAGAUGUUCGGGGCUCCUUCUCGAAGAGUCCUCAGGCCUUAGAGAGGGCUGGCAGCUUCCCCACGGGGCAUCGCUGGAGCAGCUUGGCUGGGUGGGAGUCCUGUCCCCAGAUGACCUGGGCGGCCCGAGGACGGAACCCCUCCUUCCAGAGGCCUGGGAGCCCCCCUGAAAGGCUGACCUCCUUCCCUCAGCGGCCCUGGAGCGCCUCGGCCAGGCAGCCCUCCCGGCCCCAGAGGACCUGGGCUGCUCAUGAAGACUGGGAGAGCUCUGCCCAAAGCCCGUGGAGCCCAGCGGCCCAGCGGCCGUGGAGCGCCUCCUUCCUGCACAGCAAGGGCACCCCAUGCAGGGGCCGAGGCUCGCUCCCGCCUCCCUCGGAGCCAAAGCGAGCCUGGAUGAGGCCGGCCCCCGGGGCCCCCAGGAACGCCCCUGGGAAGGAGAACGAGGUGAGGGUGCCGCCACCCUGCCCGAAGCCCCGGGGGGUCCUGGGUCACCCCUACAGCUCUGAGUCCCUGCGGGAGUUCAUGCGCCAGAAGACGCUGGCCCGGAGGCGACAGGCCCUGGAGGAGAAGGCCUCGGCCCUGCGGGCGCUCGAGCUGAAAAACCAGAGGCUGCAGGAUGUGUACAGGAAGCAGAGGGAGGCCGUCCUCGGCAAAGCCGUCCCUGUGGUGUCCCACACGACCCCCGGCAUCGUGACCUUUUUUCCGCAUUGUGCACAGUCCAAGGGCCUGGAAGCCUCUGGGAGCCUGGGGUCGCCUGUGCUGGAGUGGAGCAAGGUGACCUCCGGCAUGGUGCUGGGGGACCAGGAGGCCCCGGGCAGCUUCUGCCUGUGUCUGAACAGAGCCCUGAACCGCACUGAGACGCUGGGGACAGGCGGCCCCACGCUGAUGUCCGCCCGCUCCUCCCCGGGUCCCCUGAAGCUCCAGGACCUCGCCACCCAGGGCCCACGUCCAGGAGUGUGCAUCUACCUAGACCCCGAGGAGAGCGAGCGCCUGGGCACAUCGGGGCCCCUGCACUUCCGCUACAAGCAGGCCCGGCUACAGGCUCUGGAGACCAUGGCCAACAUCCUGAAGCAACGGAUCGACAUCCUGACGGCCAAGCUGCACAAGUCAGAGGCCCUGGACCCUCCUGGGGACCCGGUCUCCGACCCGUCACCCUCAUACCUCAGCGGAAUGGCUGCGGCCCCCACGCCCACAGCCCCCGUCCACUCCGGAGCGUUAGUGCCCCGUCGGGGCGGAGGGACACCCUGGGACUGGGCGGACACGCAGGCCAGGCCGCCGGCCUCACCCACCUGCUUCCCGGACAGCGGGACGCCGUCCUGGAGCCCUGACUGGGAGCGGCGGCACAGCGUGAGCCCGGGGGCCCCCCGCGACAGCCAGCCCCGAGGUCUCACGGAGGACGGAUGUUUGGAGCCGGACAACAGGCUGGCGAGAAACACGGACUCCUUCCAGGCCCUCCGCCCCUUCAUCGGGAGCUCACUCGGGGUGACAGCCAUGCUGGACCCCACCUGCGACUCCCUGCGGCUGGAGAUGCCGUCGGCCAGAGGGGCCGGCUUGCUCACGCCCCGGACCACGCGAAGCUGCGCCCCAGAAAAUGCAGCCCAGAGGGAGCAGCGAGUAGCCCAGGAGUGCCCGGGAUUGAGCUGUGACCAGGGCCUGAACGCGGGUCAGCGUUCCGGGCACCUUGCCAACAUCCCCCAGAAGUCCCUGGGCUUUCUCAAGUCACUGAAGCUUGACCAGCAGAAGCGGAAGCAGGCGUUGGCCCUUCUGCGGCAGCGGGCGAAGCAGGAGGUCUGGGAGACACAGAAGGCCCUGGACGAGCUGCUCUUCAAGCACCGGGUGCAGCAGCUGAUGGGGAAACACUCCACCGAGGCCAGGCAGAAACCGGCUUCGGAGGGGAAGCAGCCACAGGUGUGCGGAGGUCUGGAGCCAGUGACUUGUCUGAGCACGGUGACAGCCAGACCCAGAUCGCACCCAGCCCAGGGCAGAGCCGCAGCCGCGCCCUCCCAGGACCCCCGGGAAGGACAGCAGAGUCGGGAGGGCAAGUCGGCUCCUGCAGAGCCCAGGCAGGAAGAGAGGCCAGACCAAGCCCCCUCCCAGCUGCCCCUGGCCAGGCUCUACCCUCAGGACAACCCCACCCACCAGGGGAGCCCGGCGGGGCCCUGGAGCGCGAACCCCGGAGCCCUCGGCCGCUUCACGCUGCAGAUGCUUGACGUGAGCCUGCGGGAGGAGGAGCUGCGCGCGCAGCACCAAGCUGCGAUGCUGCGCCUGCGCGAGAAAGCGCUGGAGGAGAAGAUGUGCGCCGAGCUGGCCUGGCUGGAGCAUCAGCGAGAGUGUCUGGGCGGCGAGGGGAAGGACAUGAUGCUGGCGGCCUUGGCAAUGAGGCAAGAGCAGGCGCUCAGCAAGCUUGAGCAGGAGCAGAGAGAAAUCCGAUACCUGCGGGACAUUCACCUGUUUUCACACCAAGAGAGGAAACUUCUCCUGCAGCAUGAAAAGGACAUCGUCUCCCUGCAGAGAUCCAUGGUGCACCUGCGGCGGGAGCUUCAGGCCCGGACCAGGCUGCCUCAGAGUUCCGUCCUUGAGGUCAAGACCACUCAGACGGAGGGGUCUGAGACAAGUGUGCAGCUGAAGGGCCCUGCACAGGGCUCCUCGCGCCCCUUGUCACCGCCCGGGCCCGCCAGCCCCGCCAGCCACUGCCCCCGGACAAGCCCUGAGACCCCACGAGUCCAACACCUUCUCAGCAAGCAGGCAGAUGGGACGCCCCCCCAGGCAACCUCAGCUGCGGAGAGUCACCGGCCGCCUCCAAGGCCCGCGUGGGGAGAGGACACUCCUGUGGCCGGCAGCUGGCCCGACACGGGGCGCCGGCUGGAGGAGAGCCACAGCCCCGUGGGCCAAGGAGACCCCCAGACCAACCCCAGCCCCACGUCAGCAGAGGAGAAGACCCGGCCUCUGACAGACAGCCGUGCACAGAAGCUCCAGGGCCCGAACUCCCCGGGUGGAGGGGGUCCCUGCGGCCCCCUGGAAGCCAGCGUGGUUGAAGGCCGUGUCGGCCGAGCAGGGUCAGAGCUGGGGCUGGAUUUUGCCGGCAGCCCCGUGGAGGAGCCCCACAGAAUAGAAGGCUGGUGGCCGGGGGAACAGAGGACCGAGAGCUGCGGGCAGGACCCCUGCGGCCCCUUCUCUCCACCGGGAGCCGCCCAGCUGACCGCUGCUCCAGCUCCUGUACCACCCAGCCGGCCUGAGGGCAGCCCCCCGCCGCCGCUCAGGGCCCCCUCGGACCCGGGCCCGGAAUCCGAGGCUGCUCCCCGGAGCCGCUCGGGGUCUCGGGCGGGGUCCCCUGCCUCCUCCUCCCUGAGUGGGGUGUCCUGCCGCUCUCUCCAGGAAUUUCAGAGAGCAGCCGCCGUCCUGGUUCAGCUCUCCGAGAGCCCCGUCUCCAUGUCAGACUGGGGGGGUGGGGACGUCCCAGACACGGACCCCAGCUGUUCUGGGGAGCUCUCUCCUCAAGACUCCUGGGGGCUCCACCGGGGCGGGGGGCAGGUGGCCCGGGAGAGGCCAGAGGACGGUGGGGCCGGGCCCCUGGGCGGCCCCUCCACGGAGCCGGGGGGCGUCCUGCGGGAGGGCUGGCCGCUGCCUCCCCCGGACGCCCCCUCUCCGAGGUCAGGGUCAGAGCUGUCAGAGGCGUCCAGCGAGGUCUGGGACGAGGAGAACCUUCUGGAGCCUGGCUCGGGGCCCUCCUUGUCUACAGGAGGCUCGUCCCACCUGGAAAAUGGCGGGGCGCCCGGCUCUGCACUUGCUUCCUUGGGCCCUGGGGAGGGGCAGGAAGCAUCUGGAAGCACUGGGAGCCUCAUCCGUGGACUCACUACGGAAGAGGGCCCAACAGACGUCCCCCGAGGCUGCCUGCAUGCCCUCCCGUCCACGCCCUCGUCCUCCAGUGACUUGGACCUGUCCCUUUCCUCUCCCUCAGGGUCCUUGGCAUCCGAAGGGGUGGGUUUUGGCAGAGGAGAGACCAGGCCUCUGCAGGCCUCGGCUGCCUGCCCAGAGGGGCCCUGGGACGCUGCCCUGAGUCUGCCCAGCGACAGGACGCCACGACAGUCCUGGUCUGAGCCUGAGGUCCCCGUGACCCCGCGGGCUCCUCCUGGGGACCCUGGCGGUCUGGUGGCCCUGACACCCCAGGGCUGGGCACCCAGAUGUAGGGCCAGUAGAGACUCCCCUGCCCCCGAGGAAGCCUGCCCCACGCCGUCCAGCAGGGCCUUGCCUGAGAUCCUGUCCCCCGUUGACGAGGUGCUGUCCUAUGGCAGUGCCGACCUGUCCUCCGCUCACAGGGAUGCCUGCCUCCCUCCUCUGCCUCCCACCUUCCCAGCAGAGGAUCUGGCCAACACGACCAGCCCCGACUCAGGAGACUUCCCUUCCCCACCUGAGGAUGUCAUGUCUCCUGGGAGCUUGCUGGGCCCCCCGGGGGAGGAUGCCUCCAUCAAAACUGGGGAGUUGCCCUCCUUGUCUGAGGAGGACACACCCGAGGCACCGUCCCCAGGGCCCCAGGAGUCGGGGCUCUGCCUGGGGGCAGGCAGACAGGGCGGAAGCCUUGGGGACGAAUUGGGUGAGUCAAGUUCGGUUUCCAGGGAUCAGGCUGUGGGCAGCCAGUGGUCUGACCCAGCCGGCUGGCCAGGGUGCCCCUCUGGGGGCAGGGCAGGAGACGCCCCCGGAGGGCUCCCAAGGCUGCCGGUGCGGCCCCCGACCCUGUCCAGAGUGGCCUUUAUGGCCGGGGAGGGUCUGCCAAUGCUGUCAGCCGCUGGCAGCCCUGGGCAGGGCGACCCGGCUCCUGCUCUGGGUGCGGGCCCCUGCGCUGACCCGCCGGGCACGGAGGGAGCCAAGGUGGUAGAUUUGGUCUCCAGCCAGCUUAGCAGGAGGAUCCUGUGCGACACGCUGGCGGUGCUCUUGGAGCCGGCCCAGCCCGCGGCCCCCUGACGGAAGAGCUGCCGUGUCCCGCAGGCUGGCCCGGCGGCCGCUGCAGGGCCUCGGGAAGACGGGGCCCACGGUGACAUGGGGUGCCAUUACGCAUGCGUGUGCGUGGUGUGUGGGAUGCUCCGGGGAGCCUGGGCCACCGAGGGCAGAGCCCCCAUUCAGAACAGCCUGCCUGCGGCUGGCCCCCAAGUAGUCGUCUGGUGCUGGGCGGGGGCCUGGGCGGGGACAUGGCGGGGAGCACGGUGAGCUCUGUGUUCUUCCGGAUGUUGGGGCCGCUGCGUCCGUCAGGCGCCUGGAUGGGCCCCUGAUCCAAAGACUUUAAGAGGCAGGAAGGUAAAAGGUUGUGCGGGCGUGUCCAGAGGCUGGCCGGUCGAGGAAAGGUGCGGAGGUCAUGGAUUGACAGAGAACGGUCCGGAGGGGAGCGGUCCCCAAGGAUGAACUGGAGACCACAUGCCGGGAGGCAGAGCCAUCGGCAAAGGCGGGGCGAAGAGAGAGAGAGCCGCUCUGGGGGGACAGGGGGGCAAGGGGCGGUGGAGACGGGCUGGGGGUCACGUCCGCACGGACUCACACCCCAGCUUGGCUGCUUCUGAAGGCCAAGGGCAUGCACGUGGGCCGACCCCGCUGUGGACAUCACAGAUCUGUCAACUCAAGGGCCGGAGGUGACCAGCCACGCCCCAGGCCUGCCCUCUGGCGGGAGGCGGGCCAAGGGCUCCUUGAGGACUCAGGACUCCGGGAGAGGUCAGAGUCCGUUCCCUGGUGGCUGUCCCCCAUCGAAUGAGCCCUCGGGAUGCAAGGCGGUCUCGGAGCAGGGAGCAGUUUGCAGAGGUGUUGGCGGGUGCGAUCCCUCUAGGGCUUGGCUCCUCCCCUCCAGGGCACGGACUUCCCGGGCCUCAACAGAGGAACUCCUUUGGAGAUGACACUUAUGGACCCCUGGGGAGCCAGCGACUCCUUUGGAGAUGACAUUUAUGGACCUCUGGGGAGCCGGCGACUUCCGUGCACUUGCGGUUAGCUGGGGGGCGUGGCGGAGCCCAGAGUUCUGCCUGUGCCCUCCACCUUCCAGCUCGGGAGCGGCGGCCACCUCCAGGCAGCCCUCCACCAGGCCCCCGCUUCAGGGCAGCCUCCUGUAUCCAGGCCAGCUGCUCGCCAGACGGACUUUCGUCACAGGCUCACUCGUCCGGUUUCACGGCUCAGGGAGGCACCAGCUGAGACAGUUCAUGCUGAUUUCGCACUGGGUCCCCCCACGUCCACCAGGGAACCCCGGGACGGGCUUGGGUGGAGGGCAAUGUGCUCUUGCUGUGCGUAUGCGAUUUCAAAACAAGUUCUGAGCUACAGCUUUCCUAUUGAUUUGCUUCUAGUUUUCUGAACAAAUCAGUCUGUAAUUUUUUAUUUUUUUUCUAUUUAUUGCUGACCCUUUUGGAUUUACGAGGCCGUGCGAGAGGGAUUAUGUAUUUUACACACACACGUUUGGCAUGGUAAUAAAUCUCCCACCUCAAAACCCUG